AUAUGUUCGCGUUUCGAAAAGCAUGAUUAAAUGUGUAAAAGGAUUGAAAAUUAUAUAGUCUCAAUCAUCAUUGUGUGAAUAAACACUCCAAAGCCAUGAAUUACACAAAAAAAUUGUGAUAAAUUCCAAGUAAUUUCCCAUGAAAUGUCAACUGACAUAGUGCAUGACAGUUACCCUAAAAAUGUGGCUGAAGAUUCAGCCUUGUCACACGAUUCUGAGUAUGAUGAUUUUCUUGGUGUACCUGAAUCCUUAGAAAUAACAAUUAACGAGGAUGGAGAAACUAUUAGCAUUCGAAACAGCAAUUUGGAACUCACUGACAACAGAGAUCAUUCGGGCGUUCUACCUUUUUCGAUAAUUCAUGAGCCGCCAAUUAAAUUUAGAAGUCAAAAUCGAAAUGUAUUCAUUCCCGGUGUACAAAUACAAGUAAAAGUUAUAGAUAUUGAACGUAGUGUAACAAGUCAUCCUUUAAAUCCAAAUUUAUAUACAAUACAAUUUAAACAUGGAACAUUUGAGUGGACAGUGAAAAAACGAUAUAAACACAUUCAAUUCUUGCACAAUCAACUUAAAAUAUUUAGAGCGAGUCUUAAUAUACCGUUUCCAACAAAAAGUCAUAGAGAGAGAAGAAAUAGUUUUAAAAAUCUAUCAACAGACAGAGCACAAAGGCAAAGGAAAGUGGCAUUGCCAAGGUUUCCCAAUAAACCAGAUGUUUUAGUACCUUAUGAACAUAUAAAUCAUAGAAUGAAAGCUUUAGAAGAAUAUUUGGACAAUUUGUUGACAAUUGAAAUUUAUAAACGACAUCCAGAAACUCUUAGCUUUUUGGAAUUGUCUCAUCUUUCAUUUGUUGGAGAUCUUGGAGGAAAAGGCAAAGAAGGCUUAGUUCAAAAAAGAACUGGAUCUGGAGCAAAAACUGGAUGCAAUCUUUUUGGAUUACUUGAAGGGACGUGUUGCGUCAGAUGUAGUCAAUUUUGCACCUCGCUUUGUGGAAAAUGGCACAAAAGACAUUUAAUCGUGAAGGAUACUUUCGUGACAUACAUAAGACCUGGUGAUGGAAGAAUCAAAGCCGUAAUUUUAAUGGACAAUGGUUUUGAAGUUAGUUCAGGAAUGUAUUCAACUGGUUUAAGGAAUGGAUUACAAAUUAUGAAUCUUAAUAGGCAUAUAGUUAUGAAAUGUUGGACUAGAAGAAAAGCUAAAGAAUGGCUGGAUUAUAUUCAUCGUCUUUCUAUUGAGGAAGGUAUGUCGUUUAUUCAAACGAAUCCCCACAAGUCUUUUGCUCCAGCUCGUUGUCCAGUUCCAGCAACGUGGUUCGUUGAUGGAUCAAGUUAUAUGUCAGCAGUUGCAGAUGCUCUGGAAGCUGCGACUGAAGAAAUUUUUAUAGCUGAUUGGUGGCUUUCACCUGAAAUUUAUCUAAAGAGACCAGUGACUGAGGGAGAUUACUGGAGAUUGGAUAAAAUUUUGGAAAGGAAAGCUAUUGCCGGUGUAAAGGUUUUUGUGAUGAUUUAUAAAGAAGUGGAAUUGGCUUUAGGUAUAAAUAGUUUCUAUAGUAAACAAAAAUUAGUGGAAAAAUGUCCGCAAAAUAUAAAAGUAUUGAGACAUCCGGAUCAUGCUCGAGUUGGCGUUUUUCUUUGGGCUCAUCAUGAGAAAAUUGUCGUUGUCGAUCAAUCGGUUGCCUUUUUAGGUGGAAUUGAUCUCUGUUAUGGUAGAUGGGACAAUUCGGAGCAUCGACUAACCGAUCUUGAUAAAAUUCUCGUUUUACAAAAAUUAGGAUCUACUCAUCAGUCAACAAUUUAUAUACCUUCAAAAGGAAAAGUGACCAGUACUAGCAGUAAACCAAAUACAGUAUACAAAUCAAAAGAACAUGUUUUACUCUCGCUCGCAAUUGCUACAAAUACAAUUGCAAUGGCAACGACAAAAUGUCUUCCUGUUUUACCAGUAGUUAGUAAAGAACAACAAAGUCCAGAGCCACUAUCUCACACAAAAAAAGGAGAUCCUCUUCUAUUAUCACUUCCAGAUGAAAGUUUUAAAUGUAACACACCUGAUCCACAGAAAAAAAAUCUUUUUGAAGUGGCAAAAACAAAAGUUGUUCAAGUUAAAUAUAACAUGAGAAUGAAGAGAAAAGAAUGGAUUAAUAUGGUUUAUAAUCCUCAUGAAUGUAGUAGCGAUGAAGAAGACACAGUCGAUAAUAUCAAGAUUAAAACUCCUAUAGACGAGGAGGAUGAAGUUAUUUACGAAAGUCGAGAUAUCUAUCCAGAAUUAAAUGGAACGUCAAAGCUUUGGCUUGGAAAAGAUUAUACUAAUUUUAUUGUUAAGGAUUUCAAUAAUCUUGAUAGUCCCUAUCAAGAUUUAGUGGACAGAAGUACAACGCCACGAAUGCCUUGGCACGAUGUGGGAAUAAUGGUCCAGGAAGCGACAGCUAGAGAUGUUGCUAGACAUUUUAUUCAAAGAUGGAAUGCUAUAAAGAUAGGAAAGGCAAAAUUAAAUUCAACCUAUCCAUUUCUUCUACCGAAAGCAUAUAAAAAUUAUGCAGGAUAUUCAAUUCACUUUGAUGAAAGUAAAAUGCAUAACGUUAAGUGUCAAGUUUUGAGAUCCGUUAGUUCUUGGUCUGCAGGAUUUUUAGAUCCAGAAACGAUAGAACAAAGUAUUCACGAGGCUUAUAUUCAUGCAAUUAGCAAUGCUCAAAGGUACAUUUAUAUUGAAAAUCAAUUUUUCAUAACACUUGCAAAUGUCGAAGGCACAAUAGUAAAGAAUCGUAUUGGUGAAACGCUAUUAAAAAGAAUAAUCAGAGCUCAUAGAGAAGGAAUGGUGUUUAGAGUUUUUGUGGUAAUGCCAUUAUUGCCAGGAUUUGAAGGAGAAGUUGGAGGAGCUACUGGAACAGCUCUUCACGCGAUAACUCAUUGGAAUUAUGCUUCAAUUUCCAGAGGAAGGGAUGCACUUUUAAAUCGACUAAUUGAUGCUGGAAUUGAAGACCCUAGCGAAUACAUUACAUUCCAUGGUUUAAGGACCCACGCCAUGUUAAAUGGCUCGCUUGUAACAGAAUUAAUUUACGUUCACAGCAAAUUAAUGAUUGUCGACGAUAGAGUCGUGAUAUGUGGAUCAGCGAACAUUAAUGAUAGAAGUAUGAUUGCUUCUAGAGAUAGUGAAAUCGCUGUUAUUAUUGAGGACCAAGCUUUCACAGAAGGAAGAAUGAACGAAAUGUCGUUUGAUUGUGGCAAAUUUGCAGGAUCUCUAAGAAAGCAACUCUUUAAAGAACAUCUUGGACUAUUGAGAUCAAAAGAUAAAAUUAAUAUUGAUGAUAUUGUUAAAAAAUCAUUCUACAAAGACGUGUGGUGUGAGAGAAGUAAGCGAAAUACUGAAAUUUACGAACAAGUCUUUCGUUGUAUACCAACAGAUAAUGUGGUUAAUUUUUCAAUGUUGAAAAUAUAUCAAAAUGAAUCACCUUUAUGUUCUAACGAUUUGGAUAUGGCACGAAACAUGUUAACUAAAAUUCGAGGACAUUUGGUAGACAUGCCACUAAAAUUCCUAUGUAACGAAACACUGAAACCAACUGCUGGAACAGUUGAGGGAAUGAUGCCAACUUCUUUGUGGACUUAAAAAUAAUCUAACAGUAUUAAAGCACUGAAAUGCUUUUUUAUAGAGAGGACAAAGUUUAUUUUAUUAUUAGAAGAAAUUAACGUUUGUUUAUUUUUUAGAAAAUUUAAUAUGGUUUUUAAAAACAUUUAAUUUAUGGGCAAGGAUUAAUUUUAUUUCUUAUUUAUAAAAGAGAAAUAUUUUUAUAAAAGUACGAAAUGUUGAAGUAUUAAGAAAUAUUUUAACAUUUCGUCUUGAAAUUCCAUUUAAAGUGAAAAAAGAAACAGUAUUUUUGUGUUACUGUAAAAUUUACAGUCUAAAAAUGUUAAAUUAUUAUUUUUUUUUUUAUUUUAAUAUUUCAUAAAAUUUUAUUUAAAUGUACUUGAAACCAAAGUAGAUAAUUGAAUGGAAAAAGGUAUAAUUUUUCUCUAAUCAUUUUUAAAUUUCUGCAUUUAUUUAUUAACUUUCGUGUUUAUCAUCGAAAUGUAAUUAAUACUCAGGAAGUUUCAAUUGUUCGCGAAACACUGAAUGAAUGAAUUAUUUUAGAUUUUUAACAUUUUUACAUUAAUUUUAAAUUAAUUGCAAAAUAAUGUAAUGUUUUUAACUAUAGCUCUAACUGUGUGUUUUUUGUGAAAGAUAUUAUACAUACAUAUUUUUAAAUAUA